AGGAGAAUUCUUCCAGAGACAGAGUGAGUUAAGCUGCAAUGGUGGAUGAGGGAGUAUCACAAGCUUAUCUUCCCCGGCCACUUCUUUCAUAAGCUUCGGGACACUUCCUACAUAGCCAAUCAAAUGGAUUUCCAUAGGGCGUGCUGCUGCUUACAGUUCUCAUUGUAACAACCCACAGAAAGAUGGAACAACUAUGCCAUCCAUUGAAAAUGGAUCAUGUGCAAAAAGUUUCCCAGAGAACUUUGGAAAGGUGAUGUGGUCUGUGAAUCAGCUCUAUCUUUUCCUAUAUUGAAAAAUGCACAGGGUUGAAAGCUGAUUUUCAGAUGCUGAAAAUCAAUGUAAAUAUUUACAAACAAAAUUAAGAGAAUGCAAAGGUGUACAGAAGACGUUCUCAUGUGUCUUUGGCUUGAGGAUGAUGCCAUGUCAAGGCUUAUUGAUUCUUCUGUUUCUUGAAGCUGCCUUUGCAAGCCACUGUCCACACCACUGUACAUGCUCUCCACCAGGAAACAGUCCACUAAAACUGAACUGUAGCUUCAUGGGAAUGAUGGUGCUUCCACUUUUGCCAAGUCAAACACAAGAGUUGUACCUCCAAGGCAACAAGCUAGCCACGAUACCUGCAGGAGCAUUUGACCAUCUUCAGGUGUUGAAGAUCAUCAAUCUAUCUAGGAAUCCAUGGCAUUGUGACUGUGGGAUUUUGUAUCUGAAAAACUGGUUGGAAGACCAAGAGGGAAGCUUAGCUUCUAAAGAUGUUAGGUGUUUUUCUCCUCCUGCACUUCGCAAAACAAUGAUAUCUGAGCUCAAGAGGAAUGAACUGCAGUUGUGCUUCACUUCCCGUAUACUUUGUUCGGAUUUCUUGUUCAAUGAUGCAUUCAUUUUCUUUUUUAGUCUUAUUGUUUUUAUUAUCAACUGUUUCUUGAUAACAAAAAGGACUAAGUUUAAAGUGGAUGUUUAUGACAACGCUGCAGACCCAGGAAAAGCUCCUGCUAUUUCUGAUCAACUGAAAAGAAGAACAGGAAAAAGAGUACCAAGCCAUUCAUCAUUGCUUGUGACUACUGUGCAUUAGGUUGCAGAACAAAGAGAAAGGUCAAACAAAUUAUUUCUGUUUAUCAUUAAAAGUGAAAUGGUCAACUGAAAAGCAUGACUAUUUAGAUUAUUCAUUUUAAAGAACAGAAACUCAUUAAGAAUAUCUACAUGGAACAAAAACCAUAAUUUGCAGCUUCUAAGGUAAAAUUUAAACCAAAGAAUUAGUGUCUCAUUUUAAACAUACUUUUGAUUUUCAUAACAUGUUGGAAAUCAUCUGAUGAAAGUACCACCCAUAUUUUUGUACUAUAAUUCAAGUCAAAGAUCAGGUGGCAAAUUAUGGCCUUUGAUUAAUAAAUCAGUAUACUGAAUUAUUUAGCAUCUGUUGACCUGGAUUCUGUCCUGGUUGUGGUCAUUUUCAUUUAAUCCAUAAACAGUUUUUGGCAGAUGGAGUUCAGGUGCUCCAGAUGCUGAUUAGUAUAUACCACAAUGAGAAAUUCUUUAAAGACUUUCUAGUAUAUGUGGUAUAUGUGGAGCUCUGCUUGUAUGUGUAUCUGUCUAUGUUUGCUGCUGUUUUUGUUGUUAUUAAUAUAUCUAUCAACAACACAAAAAGCAGUUAGCAGCAGAUAUGAUUUCUUGGCAAGAUUGCAUGGGAAAACUUAUUAUCAAGUUCAAAGAAAUGUGUUUACAAUAAUUGUCUUUUUCUGAAUUCAAUUCAAGAUAAUUGUACUGACCUCAAAGCCUCUAGUUUGAGAAAAUACUCUCCAUAUUUAACACUUUGUACCAACCUACCUAUAGAUUAUGUGUCUUCCAGACCACCCACAGAAAAAUGUUUGCAGUCAGGGGAAGAACAUUUUAGGAUUGUGCACCCUAUUUCUUUUCCAGUAAUACUCACUUGCUGUUUAUCUCGCAAUACAUGGAAAUAUUUCAUGAAUAUCUUUGUAUUAUUCUGGAUUUUUAAAAAUGUGCAAAGUCAUGUCUACUGAUGCUUAUUGUUCUCUAAUAUUUCUGCAACAACUGAUAGUUUUAAACUGUUUUUAACCAUCUGAAGGAGGAGGCAAGGGCAAAUCACUUGUUACCAAGAAAAUUGUGGGGAUUUAUACAGGCACUUGCCAGGAGUCAACACCACUUGAAGGCAAAUGCACACAAAAAAGAAGAAUUUAAGUUAACUUUUAUCAACCUGGUAUUUCCACAUUACUUGGACUACUCCCAUCACCAUGACCAAAAUAACUGUGGAUGAUGAGAACUAUAGCUCUAAAUGAAUAGAAUUUUUUUGCAGUUUAGAAGAAACCAUACGUUCAAGAAGCCUGCAAAACAUACAAAUAGAAAUUGCAAUAGUAACAAUGAUUUUCACCAACAAAACCAGUGAAAAUAAUCUAAUAAGUUAUUUUCUUGGAUAACAAGAAUUUUACCAUAAUGACUAUUAAAAAUACGAUGCUCUUCA